AUGAAGGAAAAAUCCAAGAAUGCGGCGAAGACAAGGAGAGAGAAGGAGAACGGGGAGUUCUACGAGCUGGCCAAACUGCUGCCUCUGCCGGCGGCCAUCACCUCCCAGCUGGACAAGGCCUCCAUCAUCCGGCUGACCAGUAGCUACCUGAAGAUGAGAGCCGUGUUCCCUGACGGUCUGGGUGAUGGAUGGGGUCAGUCAGCGAGGUUCAGUCCUUUGGAUAGCAUGGCUAAAGAACUGGGUUCCCACCUUUUACAAACUCUUGAUGGUUUUGUGUUUGUUGUCGCCUCUGAUGGUAAAAUCAUGUACAUCUCUGAAACAGCAUCUGUCCACCUCGGCCUGUCCCAGGUGGAGCUCACAGGAAACAGUAUAUUUGAGUACAUUCACCCAUCAGACCAUGAUGAGAUGACAGCAGUGCUUGGUCUUCAUCAACCUGCGCAUCAUCACUUCUCUCAAGAGUAUGAAAUAGAGCGCUCCUUCUUCUUGAGGAUGAAAUGUGUUCUUGCUAAACGUAAUGCAGGACUGACAUGCGGAGGAUAUAAGGUUAUUCACUGCAGUGGCUACCUAAAAGUACGUCAGUACAUGAUGGAUAUGGUGCUGUAUGAAUCCUGUUACCAGACUGUAGGUCUGGUAGCAGUCGGUCACUCUUUGCCUCCGAGCGGCAUCACUGAGAUCAAACUUCACAGCAACAUGUUCAUGUUUCGGGCCAGUUUGGACUUCAAACUUAUCUUCUUAGACUCAAGGGUGGCAGAUCUGACAGGUUACGAACCUCAGGACCUGAUAGAGAAAACCCUGUACCAUCAUGUACAUGCCUGCGAUGUUUUCCAUUUACGUUAUGCUCACCAUUUAUUACUGGUGAAGGGGCAGGUCACCACAAAGUAUUACCGUAUGUUGUCAAAGCAUGGAGGUUGGGUGUGGGUUCAGAGCUAUGCCACCAUCGUCCACAACAGCCGCUCUUCCAGACCUCACUGUAUUGUCAGUGUGAACUACGUGCUCACUGACAUUGAGUUCAAAGAGCUGCAGUUAUCCGAAGACCAGAAUCGAGCCUCAAAGCCAGGCCUCAGCCUUUUGUCAUCUCAGGAUCAUCGCAAACAGCUGAAAAACCGUGCAAUAAAAGUGAAGACCAAAGUAAGAGCACCUCCCUAUCCUCAGCAGGCCAGUGGCCUUUUCCAACCUGACUGCUCCAGCUGUUCCCCACACCAGGGGCUGUGGAAGGACAGACCCACUUAUCUGGAGAAUCAGGGCAGGGAGCAGAGCUCCACUUCAAGCCCUGAAGUGAGCCAGGUGGCCUGUAGCCCUGCCUACGGCCUGGCCUUACCCUACCCCUACAGUCACCUGCACUGGGAUGCUCAGGGUCGACUGCCCAGCACAGCAUCAUCUUCUGAACUGGCUCAGCAAAUCAUUGGCUCCCUGCACAGCAGAGGACCUGUUGGAUGGAACAUCAGCUGUCCAAAGAGCCAGGACAGUCUGUCAGCACCCAACAAAUAUACAGGCCCCAUGAUGGAAACUGACAGUCGCUACUCUGAUUGUUCCAGCAACACAAAUCCAUAUUCUACCAGCAGGCUCAAGAAAGAACCCCAUGAACGUUACACAGUUGUCCAAGGCAAGACAUCCGAGGUUCGCCCACACCCCUGUCUUCAUGCCACCAAGGACAUCAAACAUCUAAGGCAGGACAGGUGUCAUAAUGCCAGAGGUGCUCCAGGACCUAGAGGAGACAUGGUGUGCCCAUUGCUUGGUGGCCUGGUGCUGGGGAAAGCUGAGCCUGUGCACAGCAUUGUGGAAUCUGUCCCUGUGCAGAUGGUACUGGAGCAGAGGACCAGGCUGUGUAUGAUGGAGGCCCCCUACAGCCGCCCAGCUGCAGCUUACCCACAACCUGCAGAAGGCCACCAGCAGCACAGAGGAGCUGUGGAGCUGGAGCCCAGGUCUGCUGAUGAAGACAGAAAAAUGUGGAUAGGUAUGGGGGUUGGGGUUGGACCUCCGGCUCAAUCCCCAUACAUGUCUUUGAACUUUCACCAAGUCUUGGGCAAAUGCAGUUCUUUUAAAGCACCUCCUUUGACCACACUGAGCCAUAUAACAGAUGGCUAUGGUUACCAUGGUAAAGAGGCAGCCUCUUUCAGCUGUAACAGCCCCAGCUCCAGUUCAUCCCCCGACAGCCACAGAGAGAUUCCACAUCACACUAACACAUCUGUCAUCAUCACCAGUGAGAGGUGAUCAUGGACAGUCAUGACUUUAACUCCUUCAAAGAUCCAACCAGGUCUCUUUUCAGACAUUGUUCUAGUGUUCCUGCUUUACAGUAUGGCAUGCAACAGGGCAUUACAGUA